UUUAUUACAGAUAAAUAUGAUGGAAUGUACUGCAAAAAUAGGCAGAGGUCGAGCUCGUGGAAUACGUCCUCUGAAGCUAGAAACAUUAAGAAAUAUUAGACCAUUACCACAUGCUGCAGCAGGUCCAGCUGCUCAAUGGGCUGCUCGACGUCCAGGACAAUUACAAACCUCGUCAGAUGAAUGUCCAGCAGAACUUAGCGAUGAAACGAUUAUAAAAACUGAUACAUCACCUGAACCAAUGCAAUCUGAAUCAAUGCAAUCUGAAUCAAUGCAAUCUGAACCAAUGCAAACUGAAGUUAUUAACAAUAACAACGAUAAUCAAGAUAAUGACAGUGACGAGAAUAAAAAUAAAUGUGAUAUCAUGACUCGUCCAUCACAAUGGAUUGAAUCAAAAAAAGGAAUCAGUGGAAAACCCAUCACGUUGAGAGCAAAUUAUUUAAAACUGAUAGCAGCUCCAGACUGGUGUCUUCAUAAGUAUCAUGUUAAUUUUGAGCCAGAAGAAAAUUCUAUUGCUAUACGUAAAGCAUUGAUUGGACUUCAUCAAAAGAAAUUUGGUGGAUAUGUAUUUAAUGGUACCGUCAUGUAUUCAAAUCAACGUUUACCAAAUGAUUUAACUGAACUGUCUGGUGUUCGUCAAACAGAUAAACAGUCAAUUAAAAUUUCUAUUCAAUUCAUUGACACACUUGAAAAAUUAGAUCCCAUUUACACACAGUUUUUUAAUGUUUUAUUAAAAAAAGCUUUUAUCCAUCUCAAUCUAUUGUUUGUUGGUGAAAAUAUUUUUGAUUUACACUUGAAAACUGAUAUUAAUGAACACAAUAUUGAACUGUGGCCUGGAUACAACACAUCAAUUUGUCAACAUGAACAAGAUGUGCUGAUGUUUGCCGACAUAACAUACAAGAUUGUUAGAAAAGAAAACAUGCUCAUGACUUUGAAUCGCAUCAAGGAAACAUAUGGCUUUGAAAAUUUUGAGGCUGCUUGUAAAGCUGAGAUGAUUGGUACAACUGUUUGGGUUGAUUACAAUGAUAAAUCAUACAAAAUUUAUGAUAUUGACUUUUCAAUGACACCAUUAUCAAAAUUUCAGUCAAAAAUUCAAGAAGAACAAGAUGUUACUUUCUUGGAGUAUUAUCAAACAAAAAAUAAUAUUUUAAUUAAUGAUUUGAAGCAGCCUUUGUUGGUCACUCGUUCAAGUGAACAUAAUCCUAUUAGAUCUGAUGACAUUGUCUAUUUAGUACCUGAACUUUGUCGAGCAAUAGGUUUAUCUGAUACAAUGAAAAGUGAUUCUAAACUUAUGGAAGCUUUGGCUGAACGAUCACGUAUACCAGUUGAAUCUUAUGCUCAAAAAAUAAUUGCCAUCAGUAAGCGUUUUAAUGAAAAUCCAUCAGCUGUUGCAGAGCUUACUAAAUGGAAUUUACAAUUAGAUCAACAACUUGUUACUAUCCCUGGUCGUAUUUUACCAGACAGUAAAAUUAUUUUUGCCAAUAAUUUGACUGUUGAAGUAUCGGGAUUGGAUCCAAAUUUAAAUUGGACGAGUCAAUUGAAAGUUCAUGGCCUUUUUCGUCCUGUAUUACUUAAUAAUUGGGUUAUAAUUGUGCCAAAAAGAUUGGCCAAAAAUGUUCGAGGAUUUAUUUCGUGUUUACAACAAUCACUCAACAACUUUCAAGUUCGUGAGCCUCAUUACAUUGAGAUUAUCAAAGAUUCACCACAAAGUUACAGCAAUGAAAUUGAUAAAUAUUUAAGUCACACAAAUCCUCAAUUGAUGUUUUGUGUUAUACCUGAAGAUUCUUCUGAUGUUUAUUCAGCAAUUAAAAAAAAAUGUUGCGUUGAUCAUUCAGUACCCAAUCAGUUGGUUUCAUCAAGAUGCUUCAAGCCAAAUAGUAUGCCAAUGAUUGCAACAAAAGUUGCAAUACAAAUGAAUUGUAAAAUUGGUGGUUCUCCUUGGAGUGUUCAUAUACCAUUAAAUAGCUUGAUGAUAAUUGGAUUUGAGAGUCGUCGUGAUACAAGUCAACCAGAUAGAUUUUUCAGUGCAAUGGUUGCAUCACUUGACAAACAUAUGGGACGUUUUAUUUCUAAAGUAUCAACUCACACUGAUGACAUUGGUUUGAUAAAUAAUUUUGUAAUUAAUAUUACUGCUGCUUUGCAUAAAUUCCAUGAAAUAAAUGGUGCUCUUCCUGAAAAAAUUAUUAUAUACAGAAUUAGUGUGCAAGAAGAACAAAUAACUAAUAUUUUUCUAAAUGAAAUUUCUCAAAUACAACUUAAACUUGCUGAUUUAUAUAAAUUACCAAAAGAUGACAUUCCAAUGGCAUAUGUUGUUGUUAAUAAAAAAGUAAACACACAUUUUUUCACUGAAUGUUUUGGACGAGCUGUUAAUCCACCACUUGGUACUGUUGUUGAUGAUAUUAUAACGUGCCCAACAAAAUAUGAUUUUUAUAUAAGUGGAAAAACAGUUAGAAAUGGAUCAGCUACACCUACAUUGUUUAAUGUCAUUCAUGACAAUGUGGCUCUUCAACCUGACAAAAUGCAAUUGUUAACAUUUCGCUUGAUGUUUAUGAAUUUCAACUGUAGUGGAAUUUGGCAUCUACCUGGUCCCUUACAAUUUGCACGUAAACUUGUCAAGUUGGCUGCUGAAGGAAUUCACUGUGAACCAAAUUCAAAACUUGGCUCGACUCUUUACUUUCUAUAAAAUGACAAAUAAAAACAAGUAAGUAAUUACAUUUUUAUGUAUUUAUUUAUUGGAGCAAUUAGUUAGAGUCAAGGACAAAACAUGACUCAAAACAGUAUGUAUCGUUUGGUAAAUACCAUUUGAUAUAAAGUUAUUUUUUAUUAUUUCAUUAUCUAUCAUUAUUAAUUACAAGUUAAUCAGUUGACUUUUUUUUU